AUGGUGCCCCUUGCGACCCUCUACUGGGACCAGAUACAGUCCCUAAAGCGAAAACAUGACGAAGCGAUUGCUCCCGAAGGUGCAAACAAGAAGCCCAAGACGGAGUCGACAGCGACCCCGUGGGGUCGUGGGGGAUACCGAGGAAGAAAUCGCGGGAACCGCCGUGGGGGAACCCAAGUGGAACGACAAGGCGUAACACAAGCGAAACCCGAAAAGGUCACACGAGGAGAGGACGUGAAAGCCCGUGACUCCGACGGAAAGGUUCUCAUCUGUUAUUGCUGUGGGAGUUGGAAUCAUUUCGUCCCUGAGUGCCCCGAAAAGGCACCCGCGAAGGUAGAAGAACUUCAAGGGGGAAACGAAAGCGGGUCGUAG